CCAUGUGCUUGUUGCGAACUAGGCAUUCAUGUUUCAAAUUUGUUUAGAGGAAGAGUAGCAAGAUGUCUCAACCCUCGUGGCCUGAGUUGAAACAAAUUGAAGAAGAGAACAGACAUGAAUUAGUGAUUGGAUCGAUGUAUUCAAAAGCUAUUGAAGAGUCAGGUAUAGAUCCGUUCCUAUUCUCGUUGGUGAAUUUAAAUUAUUUGAAUAUAAAUGAAACGUGCUUGACGAGUGUUCCUGAUGACAUCGGCAGAUUAAUCAAUUUGACAAGUCUGAUUCUCUACUCCAAUAAAAUAAGCAGCUUGCCGCAGACAAUCGGGAAGUUGAGCAAACUCAAAAUUCUUGAUCUGUCUAGGAAUAAGUUAGAAUCAAUCCCAGAUGAGAUCAGCGCUUUGGGACAGUUGUCGACUUUAAACUUGGGCACAAAUAUGCUGACAAAGAUCCCAAGUUUGGUUAAAAACACGAAACUUAGUAUUCUCGAUCUGUCUCACAAUCAGUUUGAAGAAUUCCCUGACGUUUGCCAUUCGGAGCUUAUCCAUUUGUGUGAAAUGAAACUGAACGGAAACAACAUUAAAGAAGUAUCGCCGACCAUUGGUCAGUUGCCUGCCUUGAAGAUGCUCGAUCUGAGUGAUAAUUCCAUUGCAACAGUUCCAGGAGAAUUGUCGGACAUACCAAAACUAAAAGAAGUAAAUUUGAAGGGCAAUAAAUUAAGUGACAGGCGAUUGUUGAAGCUAGUUGAUCAAUGCCAUGCGAAGCAAGUGUUGGAUUAUAUAAGACAAAGUUGCCCCCGAGUGACUGGUGUAGCCGAAUCUGGUCAUGGUGGCAAAGGCAAAAAAGGAAAGAAAGGGAAAAAAGCUGAACAUAGUGAAUCGACUAACCACACUUCAGAAACGAUUGAACAACUAUGUCACAAGAUGGAAGUCAUUCACGUAUCUGAUUCAACACCAUCAGUGAAGAUAAUUGAUGGAGUGAAAUCUGUUAGACCUUUUAUUGUUUGCUGCAUUGUUAGAAAUUUGAACUUCACACCAGAUUCAUUUAAGAAGUUCAUUCAGAUGCAGGUAACUGGGAAGAGUACGGCGCGGCGGUCGCCUGCCCUACGGCCCUAUCCCAACUGGGAGACGAACCGUCUGGGCAGGGGGCCCACCAGCAGGGGCAGCGCACCGCGCAUCACCUCCACCUAUCGCGUCUGGGUGGAUCCAUGCGACCGCCUCUGGGUCGUCGACACCGGGCUCGCCGAUCCUGGCAACGGCACUGUCGUCACCAUCACCGCACCGCAGAUCCUCGUUUUCAACCUGCUAAACGACCGGCCCAUCUUCAACUACUACCUGAAGGAGGCGGACUACCGACCGAACUCGUUCUUCGCGCACAUCGCGGUGGACGUGACGGCGGACAGGUGCGCCGAGGCGUUCGCCUACCUGCCGGACCUGGGCUCCUACGCCAUGGUGGUGUUCGACCUGGCGCGCAUGUCGUCGUUCCGCGUGCAGCACCACUUCUUCUUCUUCGAGCCGCAGCACGGCGACUACCGCAUCGCCGGGCUGGACUUCCAGUGGACGGACGGCGUCUUCUCGGCGGCGCUGUCGGCGCCAGACCCCGCGGACGGCGGCUUCCGCACCCUCUACUUCCACGCGCUGUCCGCCACCACCGAGUACGCCGUCUCCACCAGACUCCUGCGCAACAGGACCGCGGCUGGCACGACGCCCUGGUUCCGCUCCUUCCGGGCAGUGGGAUCGCGCGGGCCCAGCGGCCAGUCGACUGGCAGCUUCCUGGACGAGGAGACGGGCGUGCUCUUCCAGAUGGAGGUGAACAACCACCGCGUCACCUGCUGGAACUCGCGCACCGGCCUCCCCAUGUCCCCUGCCACCAUAGGCGUCGUCGCCCCUGACGACGGUCGCUCCUUCGUCUACCCCAGCGACAUCAAGGUGGACGCCCGCGGGGACCUGUGGUUCGUGAACAACGUGCUGCCGGUGCUGCUGUACGGCGAGGUCGACAGCAAGGCGUACAACUACCACGUCUUCACGGGCCGCGUCUCUGACGUCAUCAGAGGCACUGUCUGCGAGCCUCACCGCCCGGCCCACAGAUGGCAGCUGCCGCCGACGCCCGCCGCACGUCUAAGCCUAAUCAGCGUGCCUUUUGGAUAGGCGCCGAGAUCAAUGUGCGGGAAGCUGGAAUGUCUGUCGAUGGACGAGAGGACCAGGAUAUUUUCGGAACAAUUUGUAUGGUUUUUUUCGUGUAAUGUGCAUUGAUGCCAUAUCUGCCUGCAGUGUCAGAGUAGAGACGACUGAGCUUGUUUGUUACCAUUAUCUUUGUUUUGUUAUGUCAUACUCAUCAUCAUCAGAUACUAUCAUCACUUCAGCAUUUUAUCACACAUCCGUGGAUUAUAAAUAUUUGCUAUUA